AUGAGAUCUGAUGCUUCUUGGAAGGGAGAUCGCAAUGUUGCAGGUCUGGGAUGGGUCAUCUAUGGAGAGAAUGGACCGAUCAAAUUCUCAGCAGUAGAAGAGCAUGUCUCCACGCCCCUGAUGGCGGAGAGUAUUGCGAUGCGAGCAGCACUUGUGAAGUGUAAAGAGAUGGGAGUCCAUCGGAUCAGGUGUGAAGCAGACUCUAAGCAACUGAUUGCUUGUAUCAGGAACGAAGAACCAAUGCCAGAGAUCUAUGGAAUUGUAUCAGAUAUUGUAGCUUUAGCUUCUGAGUUUGAGACCAUCUCGUUUGGAUGGAUCUCUCGGUUAGAAAAUGUUAUUGCUGAUGGCCUUGCCAAGCAAUGUGUUGUAGUAAAUGAGGAUGUUAAUUCCCUCACCUAA